AUGGACCGCAUCGCCAAUAUCAUCCGCGCCGAUCACCGUGAGCUGGCCUUAUGUUACCGCCGCAUUGUUGAUGCCGCUGAUGAGGACGAACAAACCCGCCAUCAGAACCAAUUUACUUGGGAACUGGCCCGUCAUCUUGUUGGAGAGGAGCUCGUGCUAUUCCCGGCCAUCGAGAAGAAUGUACGUGACGAUCCAGUGGAUGAGCAACAGCAACAACACCGCCACGACGAAUACCACCCACAUCAAAAGAUCAAAGAAAAUCUCCAAAUCUUCCAAGAUCUCCACUGCUCCGACCCACGCUUCAUCCCCACCAUCACCGUUUUGAUGGAUGAUCUCGCCGCCCACAUCCACACCGAGGAGACUCUGGACCUGGUCAGGUUGGAAUCCGCCAUCACAUCAGAGGAGAGUCAACGUCUGGCCCGCCGGUUUACUCGCACGAAAUGGUUUGCACCCACGCGUGCCCAUCCGUCGCUGCCAGGUCGUUCGCCCUACGAGGCGGCCACCGCGCUCAUCGCGGCCCCACUGGAUCAUCUGCAGGAUUUCUUUCGCCGGUGGCCCGAUCCUGAACUCUACCCGACGCCCGGUCCAGAGGAGUAG